AUGAGUUCUCAGAUAUCCGUUCGUUUCAGUGCUGCAAAGCAAGAAAUUUUGUUUGAACUAAGUUUUACUCGAAAAGCUAAAUUCGAUUUAGCUACACGUGUACGUGCAUGGGUUAAAAUUGAUUUAGAUUUACAAAUUAGUAUGGAUGUUGUCCGACAACAUUUAAAUCAUUUUAUGGAAUCACGUAAAACUCUAUGUGAUCGAUUACGUACAAUUGAAGCAAAAAUAGAUGAAUGUCGACACAAUGGUACGUCGUAUGAUAUGUACAUUGAAGAGAUGAACACUCUUACCGAAUCGAUUCAAUGUCAAACACAACAGAUUAGUGAUUUACAACAGAAAUUAAUGGAUGCCGGUGAACGUGCAUCCACUGAUGCAUCGUCUGGAUUAUGUACGGAUUCCACUGGUCCAUUGAUCACAUCACGUUUAUCUCAAUUGCAUAAUAUACAAGAAGCGAAAAUUGCUUUGAAAUAUUUAUUCAAACAAGCAUCAUCAUCUGAAGUGUCUAAAAUUAAUUUAGAAACACAAAUAUUCGAAUUGGAAUCUCAACUGAAUACAGAAAAACAAAAAGUUGAAAAUUUAUUACAAAUUACAGAACAAUAUUCAAUGGAUUUAUGCAAAUCAGAAGAAAAAAUAAAAGAUAUUCAAUUACGUCUUCAAUUGGCAAAUGAAUCAAUUGAUCAAUUGAAACAAGAAAAUGUUGAAUUACGUGAAGCAUCAAAAAUUCAACAUGAUAAUUUAAUGAAAAUUAAAACAUUAAUGACAACUAGUCCACCUGUUACUACUGAAAUAGUAGUUAGUAGUAAUAAUAAAUUAUUAAAUACACCAUUAAUUCGUCAACAACCUGAUCAUCAUCAUCAUCAGAAUAAUAACAUUCAUAAUUGUACAUUCACAUUGUCAAAUGAUGAUCACGCUAAUGAUGGUGAUGAGAAUAUGCCACCAAUUACAACUACUCUUAUCAAUCAACCAAUGAAGCCGCAUAAUCAACAUGAUGAUGAUGAUGAGCCGGGCAUGAAGUAUAAAAAGUUAGACAAUGAAUGGAGUUUACCGUUGACAGUGACAGACAAUGAUGAUAGGAUGUCAACCAACGACACCGAUUCACAUCAACCACGAUGUAAAUGCCGAGGUACAUGUCAAUCCCGAUGUAGUUGUAAACGUUCCAAUCGUUCAUGUAAUCCAUCACAUUGUCAAUGUGUAUUAGGUUUGUGCAGAAAUCGUACAGAUUCAUCGUUAACUUCAUCAUCUUUAUCAUUGGAAAGCAACCAUAAUACAAUUGAAACACAUUCUACCACUUUGAUGGGACCGCCAUUAAUGAAAAUAUCACGUCCAAAACGUAAAACUCGUGCAUUACAAUUAAAUUUGAAUGUUGAACAACAACAGCAACCGACUACUCAUGCCUCAGUGAUGAUGAAUCAAACAUUUGAUUUAAACAAAGCAUCAGCUGAUCUACAAUCACCGCCAACCGAUGAUCUGCAACAACCUGAACAACCACUAGCUGAUAAUAAUGUAUCACUACGUUAUUUAUGGCCUAAAAAUCGUUUAUCCUACUUUCCUAGUCCAUUGUUACGUUCGGAUCGAUAAUUGCGGGUUUUGUUCCACGCUCGUAAAAUGAAUUGUUGAAGUCCCCUCCCAGUAGAGAAGUGUUCUUCACUACUAAUAAUUCUAUUUUUUUCUCCUCACAUUUGAUCUCUUUUCUUGUGGUGCUGGUUGGUGGUGGUCGGUGAUUGUGUUUGGUUGGUUGGUAUGGACUGUUGAUUUGGGAAAAUCAUUGUCGGUUGUUCUUGUUUGUGUGUGUGUGUGUGCGGGCGCUGUGACUAAUUUAUUUCUUAUCCAGUAUUUGUAUAUAUACAGAUGUAAAUGUUACUAACAUUAUGAGCAAUAAAUAAGAUGAUAAUGUAACAA